AUGAACGGUCUCACAUCAUCGGGGGCCGGGAGGUCCGUCGACAUUGAGCUUGGCCAAGAAACUAUUACGGUCGAAUUGGACAACCUCGACUCUGAUCCAACCGACGUCCUUGAUUUACUGAAGGAGGGGCAAUGUAAAGUCUGGGUCUGGACUAAGCUCGCCAGCGAGUAUUGGCGGAAGGGCUACUUGGAUGCUGCAGAGAAGAUAGGGCAGGCGGCUGUCGAAUCAUUUCGGGAUCAUGGAGCGACUUCGUCAUUACCACCGGUAUAUUCUCUGUUAGCCAACGUCCAAAUUGCGCGGGCGCGCAAUGCACCUAAGAUCAUUCUACCUCACGCUCGGCAGGAUGACAUGUCAAAGGAGAAAGCGAAGGCAGAUCACUAUCGCGAGUCUGCUCAAAUGCUCAACUCCAGUGAGAGAGCUGUCGCGGAAUCUGGGCAGGACUUCGACCCCACUUUAGCUUUUUUGACUAGAGGCAUUCAGCAGCUUGCCACCCGUUCACUGGAUGAUGCGCUGCGUACUUUUGAGGGUGUACUAGUACAAAAACCUACCAAUGUCGUAGCGUUACUUGGCAAGGCACGUAUUCUCUACGCACGCCGGCAAUAUCCUCAAGCUUUGAAGUUAUUCCAGCAAGUUCUACAGCUAAAUCCCCAUUGUCUACCGGACCCUCGUAUAGGCAUCGGUUUAUGUCUCUGGGCCAUGAAUCAUAAGGAAAAGGCGAAGGCUGCUUGGCAGCGGAGCGUUGAUCUUUACCCGGACGGGUGGGCUGCCCAGCUCCUUCUAGGCUUGGAAGCGGUAAAUACCAGUAAAGACGAGAGCAAGGAGGUCACCGAACGGACUCAGGCUCUCGUCACGGGCACCAAGCUAAUCGAAACAGCUUUCCGUGCGAAUAACAGAGGCGCCGCCGCUGCUAACGCCCUGUGCGAGCUACUUUUGAUGAAGGGAAACUACGGUCGCUCGCUUAAAUUAGCUGAGAGGACUAUCCAAUUCGCCGACACUCUCUCAAUACUCACGGAGGGUUAUAUACGGGCCGGACGUGUUUGUCACGCGGAAGGGUCCUACUCGGAAGCAGGCAGACAUUACUCUGCAGCCAGUGAAGGCAAUCCAAAUCAUGUCCUUGCUGCUAUAGGGCAGGCGCAAAUGCAGCUUUUAAAUGAUGAAUGGCCGGCUGCCAUACAUACACUGGACACCUUGAUACAGCACCCAAAUCCCCAGAAGUCUCUGGAGGCGAUGGUGAUGCUCGCUUCGAUUCGCAGCCACCAACGACCGGGUGUCUCAGGCUCAGACAUGGCCAAGGAGAAAGCUCGCGCGCGGGAGCUAUUUGACCGUGUUGCCAAGGAACUUCAUCUGUAUGAAGAUCGCCCGGCACUCAACGGUAAUUCUGCGAAUGCGCUUCCGCGGUCGCUACGCGAUAUCAAGGACGACAUGGACAUGCAUGCCGAAGUGGCACGCUUGUGGCAGGAAGAUAACCUCGAUCGUACUGCUCGAGCACUACGUGAGGCCCUGCGGAUUAGCGAAUCUACCGGACAAGUGGACCCGAGACUGCUCAAUAACUUGGGAGCGUUGCAGCAUCUGGAUGGACAUCCAGAGGAAGCUAGAUUAGCUUACGAGCGCGCCCUGACUAGUGCCGCGGGGCUUGCUUCGGAUGUCGGGGAAGGCAUGUCCACCUCGAUCUUAUUCAACUUGGCAAGGGCAUACGAAGAUGAAGGCGACGAGCAACUCGCGAAGGACGCGUACGAUAAGUUGCUGACAAGGCAUCCCGAAUAUGUCGAUGCGAAAAUCCGGCAAGCGCAUAUGCUGAUGGACAUGAAUCGGCAAAACGAGGCUCAUGACCUUCUCAAACAAGCUCUAUCAUCACAAAACAAUAAUAUGAACCUCCGGGCAUACUACACAUACUUCCUCGUCAACUCGACGUCGUCAAAAGUAACUAAGGAGUUCAUCUUCGCUACCUUGAAGGACCAUGACAAGCACGACCUAUACUCCUUAUGCGCUGCUGGAUGGAUCCAGUAUAACCAGGCUAGGGAAAGUCGCGAGCAAGGUUCAAAGGCUAUCGAGGAACGCAGACAAGGUUUCCGACGGUCAGCCGAAUUCUACGAGAAGGCAUUGCAACUCGACCCUACAUGUGCUUUCGCAGCGCAAGGCUUGGCAAUUGUUACUGCGGAAGAUGCUUUGGGUUCGUUGGCCGGUGGGGUGCCUCCUGGUUCGAGCAGUGAUGAAGCUCAGAGGCGCUUCAAGAAUGCACGAGACGCUCUGGAUAUCUUUGCCAAGGUUCGGGAGUCCAUCAACGACGGCAGUGUUUAUGUCAACAUUGGCCACUGCCACUACGUCCGGGACGAAUUCGACAGAGCAAUCGAGAGUUACGAAAGUGCAUCUAAACGCUUCUACAAUGGCCAAGACGUCACCGUCCUGAUGUGUCUCUGCCGGUCAUGGUACGCGAAAGCUAUCAAAGACCAAUCCUUCCAGGCCAUGAAUACGGCCCUCCGCUAUGCACAACAGGCCCUUCAUUUACGACCGAUGGAUAAAGUUACUCUCUACAACAUCGCUAUGAUACAGCAGAAAGCCGCCGAAAUGAUGUUCGCCCUGGAUACCACUAAGCGAUCACUUCAAGAAUUGCAGCGCGCAAUCGAGCACGCAGGGCAUGCGCAGAAGCUUUUCGCUUCUUUAGCGUCUGACCCGUCUCCCGUAGUUCCGUACAGCAAGGACAUCGCAGAUCAAAGAAAGAAGUACGGCGAUAGUAUGUUGAGGCGUGCCGAUGAGCAACUAGCUCAGCAAAGGCAGCAUGAGGCUGAGACUCAGGCUCGGCUGACUGCUGCGCGGCAGAAGCGACAGGAGGAGAGGGAACGGCAGGAACGGUUGGAGCGAGAAGAGAUGGAACGACUACGUAAACAAGCUGAGGAGCUUGCGGAAGAGCGCCGGAAGGCGCGUGAACAAGCUUUGGAGUGGAGUCGUCAAGUCAAGGAUCUCAGCGAUGAGGAAGACAUAGAUCGACCACGGAAGCCCCGCAAGACUUCCAAGAAGCAGAAGGGUGACACCAGCGGAGAUGAAACUGCGAACGAUGGGAAACGGAAGCGGAGAGGAAGGGUAAAGAGGGAGAAGGAUACGGAUGGCGUCGAGGCAGUCGCUGAAGAAGAAGAGGAGGCUCUCUUCAGUGAAGAUGAAGGGGAGAAGACCACCAAAAAGCGCGGCACCAAAAAGAGAGUGGUUCGAGAUGAUGAUGAGGACGACCCCGACGGUGCACACGGACCCGCAAGAAAGAAACAGAUGUAG